CGAUGCCUCUGGAGAAAUAACCGCAAUGGAAAACAAACGAAUCCUUUCAUAAUGACCUGCUCCAUCUCACCAAACAUGGCUCCUUAUGCUGUUUCGAGGAGGAGGUGAGAGCGGCAACGGUGGAAGCUCAAGAUUGAAGCGCUUUUCUUGGAGGUGGAGGAAGGGGGGUGCCCGCGACGCUGUCUUGUCUUGUAAGAGGAUAAGGAGGGGGGAAAGGGAAAUCAAGCUAUUUUUAAGCUGGACUAUCCUCCCGGUGACACCAUGACCAGCGGGCCGGAUGAGAGCUCGGUGCGCGUCGCUCUGAGGAUCCGUCCUCAGCUGGCCAAAGAGAAGAUCGAGGGCUGUCACAUCUGCACCUAUGUGAUGCCCGGGGAGCCACAGGUGUUCUUGGGUAAGGACAAGGCCUUCACCUACGACCAUGUCUUUGACAUGGACAGCCAGCAAGAAGCCAUCUACACCCACUGCACUGAGAAACUCAUUGAAGGCUGCUUUGAGGGCUACAACGCCACUAUCUUUGCAUAUGGACAGACGGGUUCGGGGAAGACCUACACCAUGGGAACCGGCUUUGACGUCAACAUCGAAGAGGACGAGCUGGGUAUCAUUCCCCGGGCCGUCAACCACCUGUUCCGAGGGAUCGAGAAGCGCAGACAGGCUGCCACCGAGCAGGGCCGGCCUGUUCCUGAGUUCAAGAUCAACGCACAGUUCCUGGAGUUGUACAACGAGGAUGUGCUGGACUUGUUCGACUCAACGCGAGACAUAGAGGCCAGGAAGCAGAGGUCCAAUGUCAAAAUCCACGAGGACGCCAACGGAGGCAUCUACACCGUGGGGGUCACCACUCGCACAGUCACCUCUGCAGCGGAGAUGAUGCAGUGUCUGAAACUGGGCGCCCUGUGUCGUACCACCGCCAGCACUCAGAUGAAUGCCCAGAGUUCACGCUCUCACGCCAUCUUCACCAUCCACCUGUGCCAAGUGCGAGUCUGCUCUCCCGAUAACGAUGAUAAUACAACAGACAACCGUCUAGCAAACGAGUCCGAGAUUAAUGAGUUUGAGACGCUGACAGCCAAGUUCCACUUUGUGGACCUGGCUGGUUCUGAGAGACUGAAGAGAACUGGUGCUACAGGGGACAGAGCUAAAGAGGGCAUCUCCAUCAACUGUGGACUGCUAGCUCUGGGAAACGUCAUCAGUGCUCUGGGAGACAGGAGUAAGCGAUCCACUCACGUGCCUUACAGAGACUCCAAACUGACCCGGCUGUUACAAGACUCACUAGGCGGUAACAGUCAGACAGUGAUGAUCGCGUGUAUCAGCCCGUCGGACCGGGACUUCAUGGAGACCUUGAACACUUUGAAGUACGCCAACAGGGCCCGAAACAUUAAGAACAAGGUGGUGGUGAACCAGGACAGAGCCAGCCAGCAGAUCAGCACCCUGAGGACGGAGAUAGCACGACUGCAGAUGGAGUUGAUGGAGUACAAGACGGGGAAGCGCAUGGUGGGUGAAGAUGGAAUGGAGGGCAUGAACGACUUGGUCCACGAGAACUCCAUGCUGCAGACGGAGAACAACAACCUGAGGGUGAGAGUGAAGGCCAUGCAGGAGACCGUCGACGCCCAGAGAGCCAGACUCACACAGAUCCUCAGUGACCAGGCCAACCAGGCCCUGGCUAAAGCAGGUGAAGGCAGUGAAGAAAUCGGGAACAUGAUUCAUAACUACAUCAAAGAAAUUGAAGAGCUCAGAGCUAAACUUCUUGAAAGUGAGGCUGUGAGCGAGAAUCUCAGGAAGACUUUGUCUCGGGCCUCCACGCGCUCCACGCUGUACGGCGGCCCCAGCUCCUUCUCCCCCGCCCUCCUCGCCCCCGAUAAAGAGGCCAGUGACGUCAUCGAGAUGGCCAAGAAAGACCUGGAGAAGCUCAAGAAGAAGGAGAAGAAGAAGAAGAGGAGCGUUGUCAAAGAGGAAAUGCCAGACAACGAGCAGGAGCGAGGCACAGAGGAGGCAGAGGUGGAGGGCAGCGACCACGAAGACGGCGAGGAUGCAGAUGGUGAGGAGGAGGACUUUGACGUGGCGGGAGAUGAGACAUCUGAUGGGUCUGACUCUGAAGAACUGGAGGAGAAAGAAAACGUCCAGGCCGACCUGGCCAACAUCACCUGUGAGAUCGCCAUCAAGCAGAAGCUGAUAGACGAGCUGGAGAACAGCCAGCGGCGCCUGCACACUCUCAAACAGCAGUACGAGCAGAAGCUGAUGAUGCUGCAGAACAAGAUCAAAGACACACAGCUGGAGAGGGACAAGGUGCUGCAUAAUAUGGGUUCAAUGGAGUCGGGUACGGAUGAGAAAGCCAAGAAGGUCAAGGCGGAGUAUGAGAGGAAGCUGAGCUCCAUGAACAAAGAGCUGCAGAAGCUCCAGUCCGCUCAGAAGGAGCACGCCCGCCUGCUGAAGAACCAGUCACAGUACGAGAAGCAGCUCAAGAAACUCCAGCAGGACGUGACCGAAAUGAAGAAGACCAAGGUGGCGCUGAUGCGUCAGAUGAAGGAGCAGCAGGAGAGAAACCGAGCCACAGAGUGCAGGAGGAACAGGGAGAUCGCCUCUCUGAAGAAAGACCAGCGCAGAGCGGAGCAUCAACUGAAGCAGAUGGAGGCCCAGAAAAGACAACAGGAACUGAUUCUUCGCAGGAAGAAUGAAGAGGUGACAGCUCUUAGGCGGCAGGUGAGGCCGGUGUCUGGGAAGGCGAGCAGGAAAGUGAGCUUACCUGAACCUCCCCAGGAGCCGUCACAUAGAGCCACCCCAGGGAGGGUGCAUGCCUCUGGAGCAUCCCCAUCCAAUGGAGCCAGGAGUUCCCCAGUGCGGAUGGGACGCACAUACCUCAGCAGGACGGCCAGGGCCAAAUGGCAGUCGCUGGAGAGACGUGUCACUGACAUCAUCAUGCAGAGGAUGACCAUCUCUAACAUGGAGACAGAUAUGAACAGACUGCUGAAGCAACGGGAGGAGCUGACCAAGCGGAGGGAGCGAGUGUCCAGAAAGAGAGAAAAGACGGCGGUGGAGGGCGCAGAUGCCGACCGCUCCCUGGCCUCCAUGAACGAGGAGCUAGAGUCUUUGAGCGCCAACAUCGACUAUAUCAACGACAGCAUUGCCGACUGCCAGGCCAACAUCAUGCAGAUGGAGGAGGCCAAGGAGGAAGGAGACACAGUAGAUGUUAACGCGGUGAUCAGCUCCUGUAAUUUAUCCGAAGCCCGCUUCCUUCUGGACCAUUUCAUGACUAUGGCCAUCAAUAAGGGUCUGCAGGCGUCUCAGAAGGAUUCCCAGCUGAAGGUGAUGGAGGGCAGGUUGAAGCAGACAGAGAUCAACAGCGCCACCCAGAACCAGCUGCUGUUCCACAUGCUGAAGGAGAAAGCGGAGAUCAACCCAGAGCUGGAUGCUCUGCUGGGCAGCGCCCUGCAAGAGAACGGAGACGACAGCAGUAGUGACGAGUCCACCCCCAGUCCCGCCACAGAGGGCAGCACAUUGGCAUCAGAUCUACUGAAGUUAUGCGGUGAAUCCAGGCCGAGAAGCAAGGCUCGCAGGCGGACCACCACCCAGAUGGAGCUGCUGUAUGCCAGCAGUGGGGAGCUGUCCUGUGAAUCCCCCACCGGAGACUUCUCAGCCCCUCUGCUGCCGCUCUCAGAGUGCCUGGAAGGGCCGGCAGACAUGCAGGGUCACGCGCUUGGUCAAACCCCUGACCGCGAGCAAACUGUUUCCCCGUCUGCACUGUCUGCCAGGCCAGCUGGCAUUUCUGGAUCCAGGUCGCCAACAGGGACUGAGAGGAGGCACCUGGAGCGCUCGCCCCUCAGCCGCAGGAAAACGCAAGAGAAAGGAGCCACGGCCACACACAUCCCAGCACCCACACACACACCUCCGCUCUGCACAGCAGAGGUGAAAAGUAAAGGCACUGACUACAAACCACUAUUGGAGGAGUCACCUGUAUUUGAAGGCCAUAGAGGUGUGAUCAACCCAGUGACGGCCCCUAAGAACAGCCGUGGGGCCAAACUCCAGUGUGUCUACGUAGCAGAGGGCCACACCAAACCUGUUCUCUGCGUAGACGCCACAGAUGAUCUGCUCUUCACAGGAUCCAAAGACCGUACAUGUAAAGUCUGGAACUUGGUGACGGGUCAGGAGAUCAUGUCUCUAGCAGAUCAUCCCAGCAGCGUCGUCUCAGUCAGGUACACUUCCAGUCUCGUCUUCACUGUUUCCACUGCUUACAUCAAAGUGUGGGACAUACGAGACUCUGCCAAAUGCAUCCGCACACUCACGUCAUCAGGCCAGGUGGGUUCUGGGGACAUCUGCUCCUCUGUCAGGAGUUUAUCCAUCCCACCAGGAGAGAGUCAGAUCAACCAGAUUGCUCUCAACCCUUCCGGCUCCUUCCUUUAUGCUGCUGCUGGCAACGCUGUGCGCAUGUGGGACCUCCGCAAGUUUGUGUCCACAGGCAAGCUGACUGGACAUUUGGGACCGGUCAUGUGUCUGACUGUUGACAAAUUAGGUAAUGGACAGGAUGUUGUCCUCACUGGCUCCAAAGACCACCAUGUUAAAAUGUUUGAGGUGGCAGAAGGUGCUCAAGGUAGCAUUAGCUCCUGCCAUACGUUUGAUCCCACUCAUCAGGACAGUGUGGAGUCUCUGGCUGUGCAGGGAGAUGUUUUCUACAGUGGCUCCAGAGACUACUACAUCAAGAAGUGGGACUUGGCCAGUAAACAACUACUACAGUCUGUCAGCGCCCAGGCAGACUGGGUUAGCGCUCUGGGCGUGGUGCCAGGCUCCCCGGUGCUGCUCAGCGGAUGCAGAGGAGGGCUGCUGCGCCUCUGGCACGCCGACUCACUUGCGCCUCUCGGCGAGGUCCGGGGACACGACAGUCCCAUCAACGGCCUGGCCACCAACAGCAGCCAACUGUUCACUGCCUCAGAUGACCGCACAGUGAAGAUUUGGGAAGCCAAAGGAUCUCUGGAGGAUGGAGUCCACUGACACUUAAUUCCUCAUAAUCCCAGACUACUGUCUACUGGCUUCUGCCCAAUCAAAAUUAAUCAUUUGUGAAGCAACUACACCACCUAUUACGUGAUGAAGCAUUGGAUGGGAGCCCAAAGUGGGUCUGGGGCCUGAAAGUGUGUGGUCCCAGCCUGAAAAUGAUCUUUUAAACAACACUGAUCCUUCACUGAAGCUCCACAGGGAUCAGUUUCAGGGAAGUCUAAUUAGAUGCAACGGCUCUCACUCUUUCAAGCUGAGUGUAUUUACAGAUUUUUAUUUUUUAGGUCAAGACUGAUCACAACGGAGCCUCUAAAGUCUCCAAGAGUCUCUCAAGAGCUCCAAGGACUAUACAACAGCUGCGAUGGACGUUGCUUUCAUAACUGUGACAGAAUAAAGUAAAAAUAUGGAGUUACGGAGCUUUGUCAGUCAAUCCAGGAGUCUCUCCUGUUCUCAACAUUCCUCUCCUCAGUCCAGCACUAGACAACAUGGAUACCUUCUAUGCAUAUUUUAGAUUUUGCCAUAGUUGCUGAGAACAAAAAACAAAACAGGUUUUGGUUAAAUGCUUUGCUUCUGUGCACCAUAUUGUUGUCCAUCAAAACUAAGAUUGCUGUGUACCGAAACAUGACAUGGAGAUCUUCUGCUCACCAGCAGUAACUGUGAGUCUGUCCUGUGUGUUCACAUGAUGUGUUGUGUGUUCCUGUCAUUGCUUUCCAGGUCAUUUCAGAUAUGUGUUCUCUGUAACCAAGGACCAAAUAACUACUGAAACUGUGUAUGGUCUUAUUCUUGAGUUGUUACUGCCAAACCCUCUAGUGGAACAUCAGUGGCCUCUAAAUAAAGCAUACUGCUCUCCUUUGACAGGGUUCUUUAAAGUGUUCCACUUCAAAUUUCUGUAUUUUUUCAAGUGUUUCAGUCUGUGUCAAGUCAGUAUUCAUUAAAUCAACUGUUAAUCUGA